UAUGAUGCCUGGAAGGCUGAGAAUACAAGGUUUUCCAUGUGAUGUAUUGAAUGUGCAGUAUCUGCUAAUUAGGUCAUGCUGUCUUUGCCAGAAUCCUUCAAAAGCACAGAAGAACAUCUCUUGCCAAAGUACAGCCCCCUCUGAUUUAUGUAAAUACGUGUUAGGUCUUGACCACAGUCCAUAGCAUAUCUGCAGAGCUGCACUGGAGAAAUAUCCGCCAUGGAUGAGGAUGAUUAUAGUUAUCAGAUGUUCCUGAACCUUAAGAAUGCAACAGACACAACUGAUCUGAGCUACGUGGUCAGUAAAACUGUUGAACUGUGUACAAAGAAAAAUGUUAAUCAGUUCGGUGCAAAAUUUAUCCCGGUGUUCUACUGUGUCAACUUCCUCCUGAGUUACUUUGGAAACGGGUUUGUCCUUCUCAUCAUCUACAAAUAUGAGAAGCUCACCUCAGUGACAAACAUCUUUCUGCUGAAUCUGGUGCUGUCUAAUAUCCUUUUUGCCUCCAGUUUGCCUUUCUGGGCUGUUUAUCAUUUAUCUGAAUGGAUCUUUGGACAAGCUCUGUGUAAAAUGGUCAGCAGUGCCUACUUUAUAGGUUUCUAUAGCUCAAUCCUCUUCAUCAUACUCAUGACAUUUGACCGAUACCUCGCAGUGGUGCAUGCACUUGCAGCUGCCAAGAGAAGAAAAAAAAUGUAUGCCAUAAUUUCUUCUAUUGGAGUUUGGUGUGUCAGUAUUGUUGCGAGUGUUAAAGAGUUGGUUCUUCGAAAUGUGUGGAAAACCCAAUUUGAUGGAUUGCUGUGUGAGGAGUCAGGGUUACCACCGAGGAGUAUGGAACGCUGGCGUUUGGUCAGUUACUAUCAACAGUUCCUGGUUUUCUUUCUCUUACCUCUGAUAAUGAUCAUGUACUGCUACAUAAGGAUCACAGUGCGCAUUCUGUCCACCCGCAUAAUACAGAAGUGUCAUGUCAUAAAGCUAAUAUUUGUAAUUAUCUUCACCUUUUUUGCCUGCUGGACACCCUACAAUAUUGUAAGCCUUCUUCAAGCAAUUCAGAUUUCAGCUUCCCUAAACGAUGGGGAAGAAAUACCAUGUUCUGACUCAGAAAAAAUAGAUUAUGCAAUUUACGUAACCCGGAACAUUGCAUACUUGUAUUGUUGCAUUAGUCCCAUGUUUUACACAUUUCUAGGGAAAAGGUUCCAGAGUCACUUCAAGAAACUGGUGGUUAAGAAGAUUCCUUGUGUGUCCCAAAACAUUACUCUCAACAGCCAGAGCACCAGAAGCACAUCAUAGAGGACACCUCUAUGAUGUGCUUAUUUAUCAAUGUUGAACAAAUAAAGUGUAUAGAUGCACAUUGUCAUAAUGCACUCUCUUAACAUGUACAAUAAUCUGCAUUGGUGGAAAUAAUUUCCUAAAUUUACUCUGAUUGCUGUAGCAUUGUGGCAUAAUCAGAUGUGACUCUUAGUGUCCCUAUUUUUCUGCAGGUCAACCCAGACUGUCAGCUUGUGGGGAAAAUGUUGUUAUACUUGAGCCCACACUAAUCUAGACUGUUUAAUUAUAACUGAUUUCAAAGAAAUGUUAUGUCACACUUAUAAAUGAAUACUUUUCUUGUAUGAUUUUGCAACUACUUUACAAAGAUAAUUGUCUUGUGUAAGGUAUUUUCAAAGGGUUUUAAUGAAUAUAACAACCAUGGAGAUUUUGUCCCAGGAUUUUGUGUGGAAUUAUCUCUCUCCUGGAUAAACUUGGUUGAGGGUUUGUCACUCACCGCUGAGUAAGCGAAGGGAUUGACAUCUGUUGUCAGCUCACCACACUGAAUGUCUCUUGAGAUACUAACCAUCUGAUACUAACCAUCUUGAAGCUGUAACUAUAUAUGACAGGAUGUUCCAAGAAGUCACAACAAUUUGGAAGCCGGACAUCUCAACAACACAUGGGAAGAAAGAGGAACAGAAAGAAAGAACCAGAACAAUUGAGAAAUGUGAAGAUCCACUCUCAUCAAGGCAAUUUGGCAGAGGGCUGAAAGUCCUGCGCUUUGCUUUCAUCAACAUCCCCUGUAUAUAUGCCUGCACCAUUCCUGCUACUAAUGUGGUUUUUAGACUGUUAAUUGAGUAUACUGUAUGCUACAUAUGGAAUCAUGUUUAUCUUAAUCAUUGCUUUUGCCUUUGUAACUGAUUCACUAGUCAUUGAUAGUAGUAGUUUACUUUUUUGAGAUUCAUCUUCUAGUACAUUAAUGGGUAUAAAAUUAUUUUCUACAUGUAUUAAUUAACAGUAUUUGAAGCUCAUUUAGAUUUUUUCUAAAGGGCAGAAAUGUUUGCACUGAUCUCCUUAGGAAUCUAAAAGCUUCUCAUUUGUAGUGGAUCAUCUUAAACAGUUAUUUUACAUGCAAAUGAUGAAUCAGAAAUCAGUCUGGAAAAACAACAUAGGAUAAUUUGUCACAAAGCAGUGUUGUAAUAAAGUGAAUCUAAAAUAAUA